AUUGUGAUAAGUAGUUUGAGGCAAGCCGAGGGGGAAGACGAGCAAUGGGAAUCACAGGAGUGGAGCGACGAUGGCUACACGGACGAGCCAAUGAGGGGAAUGUGUGAUGAAAACUGGGACUUGUGGGAGGAAUGGAUGGGGUGGGAGGGGGCCGGCAUCAGGGACUACUCUUCCCACAUAAACCCCUACAUCUGAGCAAUUUCCUCCAGAUGAUCUUUUGAAGUCUUCCUUCAUGAAGACAAUGUACAUAGUCUCCCUUUUGAAAUUCUCAGCAAUUGUGGAUGGAACAUCAUGUAUAUAAUUUAUGGUUGCUCUUCUUACCUUUCCUAAUUUUAGGGUGGGAAGGGUUUGUAUUGCUCCAACAUUUGUCUCUUUCAAAUAAAAUCAUGAGGCAUGUAUGUUUAAACUGCAA